UCUCUCUUCCUCUUGAACACUCGAGCCCUAACCCUAGCCCUAGCCCCCACCAACCCGAGAACAUACUUGAGAUUCCACUCCGAUGGACCUCAUCGACUCACGCCUCGGAUUGCUUCAACCUCCGAACUUGUACAGCAAGGAUGGCAACAACAAAGAGACUCCUCCACAACUCUCAGAUCUCUCCUCACAGGGCUCUUAUGGAUAUGAUGAGUACCAAAAGCUAGGGUUUGAGGAAGAAGACAACCUGGAGAAGACCACCGCUCUGAUGUCCAAGAACUUCCCUCCCAGUGUUUGUGGUCCAUCAACGGAUGCCCUCAAGUUUCGAGCAAUGAACAAUAGACCUGAAGGUGUUCAUCAUCAACCUCUCAUAAAUUUCAAGAGCAAUGGUGGGUAUGAAAAUUUCAGGCAAGCCAGUGGGUCUUUACUCAGCUUCCAACAGAGCCAAACGGUUGACCUAAAGAACAGUGACUGCUUUGGGUGGAAAGAUGAUGGUAUCAUGAGCAAUUACAACUAUCACAACUUGAGGCAGAUUGAUCCAAAGAGCAGCUCAGAUCACCCACGGAUCGUCGAGGAUGUGAAUUGCUAUCAGUCCACUAGCACUUAUGUGGUUCAUAAUGCAGUUCUGAAGCACGGAAACAGUUCGAGUAAUUGGCUGUACUCAGAAGCAACGGCUGUUGCAGAUAGCGUCCAGGAAUCUGGAGCACAAGAAGCAGGGUUUCACAAGCGUGCUUACACGGGAGAGAACGCGCAAACUUCAAAGAAGCAAUGCACGAGUGCCUCCAAGAGCUCUUCGAAAUCCAAGUCACCUUCAUCACCAAAAGAUCCACAGAGUGUUGCUGCAAAGAAUCGGCGAGAAAGGAUCAGUGAACGACUCAAGAUACUGCAGGAUUUGGUUCCAAAUGGUAAUAAGGUUGACCUGGUAACCAUGUUAGAAAAAGCUAUCAGUUAUGUCAAGUUUCUCCAAUUGCAAGUCAAGGUGUUGGCGACAGAUGAAUUUUGGCCCGCGCAAGGUGGGAAGGCUCCUGAUAUUUCCCAAGUGAAGGAAGCCAUUGAUGCCAUCCUAUCCUCUCAGAGAGACGGAAGCUCAAGCUCCGAGUGAUGUUGAUGGACUUUGAGGCUAAGUAACACAUGUAGUCAAGAAUAGAAAGAAAUAAUAAAAAUAAUAAUGAUAAUAAUCAUAGUAAUAGUUCUCCUCUCCAGUUCUCUUCAAGAAAAAGGAAGAAGAAGGAUAAGCUAUAAUUUGCAGAUGUUACUCAGAAAUAGUGCAGCUUUACUAGCAGCAGUGAGCACUUAGGACUGAAUAUCUGUGCUUUGUUUGAUCUUUGACAGAAUGUUCUGUCAAAUGAUCUAAAGUUUGUAACCUUUCUACUUAUGUGCGUUUCCAACUAUUAUGUUGUAUCUUCAAGGUACUUCAUCAUGCUAAUAUGAGAAGAC